GAAGAUCAGAUGUCACUAUAACAUGAAGGGGUGAGGCUGUCGGACAGUGCCUGCUGCUGGUCCUGUCCACAGGGAGCCCUCAGCCUUUCUCAGACUCCACUGCAGACACAACCCACCGCCACUAUGUCUGACGAGGAAACUGAACAAGUCGAGGAACAAUACGAAGAGGAAGAAGAGGCCCAGGAAGAAGAAGUCCAGGAGGAAGCCCCGGAACCAGAGGAAGUCCAAGAAGAUGCUGUCGCAGAAGAGGAGCAGGAGGAGGACGAGGAAGAGGAGAAACCAAGACCCAAACUCACCGCUCCUAAGAUCCCAGAAGGGGAGAAAGUAGACUUCGAUGAUAUUCAGAAAAAGCGUCAGAACAAGGACCUCAUGGAGCUCCAGGCUCUCAUUGACAGCCACUUUGAAGCCAGAAAGAAGGAGGAGGAGGAACUGAUUGCACUCAAGGAGAGAAUUGAGAAGCGCCGUGCGGAAAGAGCUGAGCAGCAAAGAAUCCGUGCUGAGAAGGAGCGGGAACGCCAGAACAGACUGGCGGAGGAGAAGGCCAGAAGAGAGGAAGAAGAUGCCAAGAGGAGAGCUGAGGAUGACAUGAAGAAGAAGAAGGCCCUGUCCUCCAUGGGUGCCAACUACAGCAGCUACCUGGCCAAGGCUGACCAGAAGAGAGGCAAGAAGCAGACAGCCAGGGAGAUGAAGAAGAAGAUUCUUGCCGAGAGACGCAAGCCUCUGAACAUCGACCAUCUUAGUGAUGACAAGCUGAGGGACAAGGCCAAGGAACUCUGGGAUACCCUGUACCAACUGGAGACUGACAAAUUUGAGUUUGGGGAGAAGCUGAAACGCCAGAAAUACGAUAUCAUGACUGUCCGGGCCAGAGUGGAGAUGCUGGCCAAGUUCAGCAAGAAGGCUGGUGCCACAGCCAAGGGCAAAGUCGGUGGGCGCUGGAAGUAAAGGAGCCAAGCGGUACCAAGCAGAGACCGUUCCCCCCUACCCCCCUGACUCCCGCCAGGGCCGGUUAUUCCAGCUCUGUACCCUCCAACCCUUACACCCAGGCUUUUUCUGGAGCUCAGGGCUCAUCCUGCCUCAAUGCCCUCACCUUCUGGGGUCUGGCAAUAAAGUUCUCAGACUCCCCUCUA